GCGUUACGCACGUGUCGUGCAAGCGUCGCUUGGAAGGAAGUACUCUUCAAAUACACGAGGACAUGUCGCGAGGAGGCACGCAGAAGGGCAGUCCUGUCGUGAAAUGCAGCAGAUGAUGGUUCGGGCUUUUCUGGUGCUCAUACUGGCCCAGCUCAGCCCGGUAACAUCAUACCGCAAGGAGAGUUCAGAGAAAACGGAUUUAUUCCCGUCGCACUGGUUAAUCUCGGAGUUCAUUGGACAUGACUCUUCUGACAGAACUUCGGCGCCUGCGAAAGAGGAGAGACUCGAGUCAGACAUGAAAUCUUGGAAAGUGAAUGCUGGAUCUUUAAAAGACAAAAGCGCUUUCGACAGCCAAACAGAAUACUUGAAAUUAGGCUGGCCGCAGAAAACUGACACUGAGGAACCACGCAGCUCUCAGCCUGCGGUUUACUGCGACAGUGAAAGUCUGACCAUCGGACUUUCUUCAGCUCAGCACACAGAUCUUUACAUACUGAUAGAUGAUAAACUUAAGGUUUUUGUCAAACAUGUACUGGAACAGUGCAGUCAUGUGGAGUUGCAGCCUGCUUCGAUGGUCAGGAUCUUCUAUGAAGAGUGCUACUUGCAGGACUGGGUUGGCCACAGAAAGCAGUACUCUGUGAAAAUAGGUUACUCUGACAGCAUCCUUAAGAAGCUCACUAUAACAUCUGAGACCUGUCCGUCAGCUACAAAUGGAGCACUUAUGCAGGUUCCUGCAGUGACAUGUGCAAGUGCUGAUACAACUGUGGAGCUGCCUGCUAAGGUGCUAAAAGAUGCAGGAUUUCAAGAGCUUGAUGCAUCGCUCUCACAAAAUAAUCACAUGUCUCAAGAUCUUACACAGUGGAGAAACAGAGAUCACCUGUUUAUCAAAGUGAAAAACCCCAGAACAAAGCUCUAG